AUUGGCCAUGCAAAUUUUUCAAGAUUUUAGUUGAACUGUGAAAACUUCCUUUUUUUUUUUAAAUCUUACUCUUACUUUAAUAAGGAUGGUGUGUGCUACGGACUGCUGUAAGUGAAUCUUCUGAGAUAUCGAGCUUUAGUGCCACAUGAAAAUGAAUUCUCUGGCAGUCUGGUGGUUGGUAUGUCUGGCCCUAAUAAAAAAUGUUUCUUGUGACCAACCAAACCCCUUCACACUACAAGACAGUCUCCUGACAGCCACAGAGGGGUCCUGCAUUGAAAUCAAAUGCAAGGUCACACUCCCAAAUAAUGUUCAAGUUAAGGAUGCAUACUGGUUUUGGAUAAAGAAUCCAACUUGGCAUGAUCAGGUUUUGAGUGGCACUGUCAUUUACAGCACAAAUGAAGCAACGCGUCCUGUCAGUUCAGACUUUGCAGAUAGAGUUAAAUAUACCGGCUCUCCAUCUUUAAAUAGGAACAAUCCUUCUGGAUCUCCACCAGAUCUGUGCAGUAUUUUAAUCUGCAACCUAAACAAAACUGACAGUGGAAACUAUUCUUUCAGAUUUGUAGAAAAAAAAACGAAUAAAUGGAUAACUAAACCAGAGACGAAGCUCACAGUUACAGAAAAUCCAUGCCCGAUCACUUUUGAGAAACCAGCAGCUGUAAAAGGACCUGGCAUGAUAACACUCACAUGCUCCACUUCAAGUUCAUGUACUUCAACGCUACAAAUUGGAGGUUUGACACAACUGUCCCCAACGCCUCAGCAAAGGAACAAUGCAAAAACGAAAAGCACCACCGUCAAUCUGACAGUCGACUGGAAUGACAAUGGGAAGGAGUUUUCAUGCAAAGCACAAGAUAAUGAAGACAAAUAUUUGAUUAAAAAUAUCAGUGUAACUGUUGAAUAUGUUCCCAAAAACACCUUGGCUGAAAUAAGCUCUCAGAACAUUGUGGAAGGACAAUCUGUAACUCUCACUUGCUCCGCCAAAGGAAGUCCUGCCCCCACCUUUACCUGGUUUAAAGAUAAACAAGAGGCUGUAGUGGAAACAGGGGCAGUAUGGGUGAUCACAUCAAUUAUGGAGUCACAGAAUGGAGAAUACCAUUGUAAAGCUACAAACAAGCAUGGGACAACACCAUCAAGCCCAGUCUCUAUUAAAGUUCAGUAUCGGCCUGAAGUUGAGGUGGCGUCCUCUGCUUCUGUACUUCAAGAAUGGGAAAAAAUGACUUUGACAUGUAACGUGAAGAGAAGCAACCCACCACCUAGCACCUACUCUUGGUUUAAAGAUGGGAAUGCUGUUCAUCAGGAACAAACACGACAAUAUGUUGUUGAAGGAAUCCAGCCUGAGAACGGUGGCUCGUACACAUGCAGUGCCACCAACACUGUGGGUACUGGAACAUCAGAGUCACUAACAAUUACAGUUGAAUAUGGCCCGAGGAUGACAUCCAUCGGUGAUGUUGAUACAACAGUGAAAGUUGGUAGAGACCUUAAAUUGUAUUGUAACACUGAUGCCAACCCUGCCCCAUGGAAUUACUCCUGGUACCGCUACAACAUGAAGAAACCGAUUGACUCCUCAAAGUGGACGUCCAAGAAUUCUAAAGAAGAAAUGCUAUAUUUCUACAAAGUAGAGAGAGCAGAUGAAGCAUGUUACAUGUGCAAUGCAACCAACAAGAUAAAUACAGGAGGCAAUAGUGCGCCGGUGUGCAUAGACGUACUCUAUCCUCCAACUGAACCCAUGCUGACUAUGGAUACUGAGCUCACGGAAGAUCAGCUCAUCACCAUCAACUGCACUGUUGAAAGCUUCCCACCGUCAACGCUCACCUUGACAAGGACUUCCAAAUCAAAACCUCAGUCCUCAGAAGUGCUUUUCACUCAAUAUUGGCUUUCUAACACUCUCCACCACAAAUUCAAUGUAACGUCAACUCACACAGGAGUUUACACCUGCGGCGCCACAAACAGCGAAGGUUCAAACACAAGCAAACCAAAAACAUUGAUGGUUAAAUAUCAUCCCAAAGACGUGACUGUAAAAGCUGAGCCUGCUUUCGUCGUGAAUGAAAACAAGUCAUUGACGUUACGUUGCAGUGCCCAGUCCCACCCACCAGUGACCUCCGUCACCUGGAUGAAGAUGAUUAAUGGGAAGAGUGAAAUCAUCCGGAAUAACCUAACAUUUCUUUCUUUCAAGUCAGUCAGUCCUUCUGACAGCGGACAGUACAGCUGUGCAGCCAGUAAUGAUAUUGGAACUGGAAACUCACAGACGCUGGCUGAGGUCAAAGUCAAGUAUGCUCCAAAACACACCAGUAUCACGAUAGCAGCAGAGCAGCGGCAGCCUGACGGAACGAGAUCUGUCGAGCUGAGCUGCAGCAGUCAGAGCUAUCCCCCAGUCACACAGUAUUCAUGGUACAAGAUAAACACUGAGGAAGGGGAUGUAAAAGUGUCUAACCAUCAGACCUACACAGUGUCUUCAAACGAGCCGGGAAGCUACUACUGCAUCGCAAAAAAUGAAAUAAAUCAAAGAAAGUCUGACCCAGUCCAUUUGUUUGAUCAAACAUUGAUGACGGUCCUAAACAUCUUUCUUUUUCUUAUUAUCCUGUUUAUAAUCAUUUUGAUUGUCUUUGUCUACAGACACAGGAGGAAGAAAUCAAUUCAACAAGGAGCUAUGAACACAGCGACCGGUUUUGGUUUUCUGGGCUGGUGGAAUGACGCCAGGAGGAGAAAUCAGAUGAGCGACCCUGGUAUGGCAGGACCUUUCAGGAGCAGAGAUGACCUCUUGUCAGACCCGCCACGCCAUCCAAAUGGCCAACGAUGCCAGCCUCGUCCAGACAACACCCCUGCAUCCAACAUCACCAGUGUUUACUGUACUGUGAAUCCGCCCUCCGGAAAACAAGGUCCUUCUGCACAAAAGCCAAUCAGACAGCAAGGUGGACACACACAGGAUGAUUCUCUCAACUACGCUUCUUUACACUUUGGAAAUAAGCAAAAGCACAAUCCUACAAAAGCGGAAGAUGUGUAUUCUAUGGUGUCCAAGCAAAAGCCACUUAAAAAGAAUGAUGACAGGCUGGAGGACUACGAGAACGUCAGCGCAGCACACACAGCCAAAUCUCAAAAUGCAUUAAACUAUGACACAGACACCAGUGAGGAGGAAAUAGAGAUCAAUUAUUCACAGGUGAGCUUCAAAGCAAAGCCUGGACUUCAGAGAGCCGGCAGAGACUCCAGCAGCUCUGAUGAAGAGGUGACACAGUACACUGAGGUCAAAAUCUGAGAUUAGAUACUCUUACUCUUACAGGUACAGUCAAUUGUUCAAUAGGGGUUUCAUCGCUGUAUUGUUUACUUCAAUGUUAACAUUUAUUUUUCCUUAGUGCCUAUGCUUUUCACAGUGUGCAGUAACAAGUACUAGAGAUGACCCGAUACCACUUUUUUGCUUCCUGAUACCGAUUCCGAUUCCUGAACUUGCGUAUCGGCCGAUACUGAGUACCGAUCCGAUACCAAUGUGUCAUAUAUUU